ACGAAUCUUCAGUUCUAUUUCCUUCCUUCCCUCCAACCUUCACUCCCAUUCUUCCUGCAGAUUUCCUUCUCCGGAUACACACACAGCAUAUUGUAACUGUAGAAAGAGGAAUCGAGCGGGAGGGAGAGAGAGAGAGAGAGAGAGAGAGAGCAGAGUAUCAUAAGUUAUGGAUUCUCUGUCAUCGGUCUCGCCAUCUAUUGUGCUCCCGCUCCGUCGUCACCAUCACCAACCUCGCCGGCGGCUAACGGCUCUCUCCUUUGCGAGAGACAAAUCCAUUAGUCAAUUCCGUAUUUCCAUUCAGUUUCGUAGAAGAAAGCAGAGUAUGAGAGUUUACUGUAAAUUUAAUAGAGAAGAUGAACAGGAAGCAGGAAAUGAUCGGAGAGAUGAGGAAUUGGAGAGAGCGCUGCGGAUGGACGGCACGAUUCCUACUACUUCUGAUGCGUUUGUCAAGCAAGUGUCUUCACGCGCUUAUGAUAUGCGUAGGCAUCUCCAGCAGAGUUUUGAUAGCAGCAGCUAUGAUGUAUUAGAAGCAAACCCUUGGCGAGAGACUUCAAAAUCUGUUUACGUCCUAACUCACCAGGAAAACCAACUAUGUACAAUGAAAACUCGGAGAAACCGCAGUGAAGUAGAAAGGGAGCUUGGACUUCUGUUUUCCAAAGGGGGGAAGUGGGGAAACCAGUCAAAGCAAUCAGGAACUAGCACCAAAUUCCAAAUGCUUGUCGAGGACGUCCGAGAGGGUGUACUUGUAUUUGAAGAUCAAAAUGAAGCUGCAAAGUACUGUGAUCUGCUUCAAGGAGGGGGGCAAAACUGUGAAGGUGUUGCAGAGAUAGAAGCUUCAUCUGUCUUUGAUCUGUGCCAAAAGAAUAAGGUGCUUGCUGUCUUGUUCCGUAGCGGCAGAACACCUCCUCUACCUGAAAGCCUUAAGCUUAAUCUGCGAGCACGUAAACGCUCCCUUGAAGACGAAGAGGACUUGAUUUGAAGACUUGGAUGGUUGGAGUGCAAGUGAUCUUCAGAAAUUGGAGAUUGUAAUAUAUAUAAUUUCUGGUAUAGUAAAAAAAUCCCAGAAAACAUAUAGUGACAGAAUUUCGACAUAAAGGAAUAUUUUAUAUAGUUGAAACUAAAUCAAAAGUGGUCACGAGCUUCUAUCUUAGUUGCUGUUCUCCGAGAUUGAACAUCUACUCAUACACAAGGAAACGAAUUUUAUGUGCA